AUGGCGGCGGCAGUGGAGCCUUCAUCGUCGUUGGAGUGGAAGCGCAUCAUCCAUGCUAUGCGAGAUCCAGGGCGGAGCGAGUACUCGUUCGUUCCGCACAAAUACAUCCAUUCCACGCCAAUCCUGUCCCCGACGCCAGGUGGCAUGGACUUUGAAAUCGGAGCCGCCGAUGAAACCACCCCAAUCAAUGCCAGACAACAUGCAGUGGAACAUGCUCGUCCUAGUUCGGUGCACUACAGCGCCUUCAUGUACUGGCUCAUCCUCAUCGUGUCGCUCAGCUUCGUGUGCGUCGAGUGGGUCCUACUCUAUCCGCUGUCGCCCUCGCGACUGUACAACAUCCAAGUCGACAUGUUCGACGGCCGCGUGAACCACGCCGAGUUCUUCUUCCAGCAGAUCCUUCCACUAGGCAUGCUCCUGGGUUCGUUGAUCACGUUCAAGCUUGCCGAUCGCUUGGGUCGAGCCACGAUGCUCGAGCUCGCCGCCAUUCCGUACGUCCUGGGUUGGCUGUUUGUGGGCGUGGCGUUCGGCCAAGUCACGCUCCUCGUUGGUCGCUACUGCCUCGGCGUGGCCAUCUCGGUCUUCUCCAUCGUAGUGCCGAUUCUCCUGGCAGAAGUGAGCGAAGACGAUUCCCGGGGCCGCGUCCUCACCGCGUCGCAGCUCGUCCGCAUGCUCGGCGGCCGCAUGGUGUACAUUGGCGUAGGCCAGUUCUUCGUGUACUUGAGCACGUGCUACGUGAGCUUCAACCUGAGCGAGUGGAAGAUCAUUGCAACCAUUGGGGUAGCUCCAGGCUUGCUGCUCCUUGUCUGCAUGCAGUUCGUACCGGACACGCCAUCGUGGCUGCUGCUUCGGCACAAUGACCGUGUCACGAGCUUCUCGGUGUGCCUAAAGAUCCAAAGCCCCGUCUCCGUGAACCGCAGCACGCGCGCCGAAGUCCGCGUCAACUCGAUUCUGCACGCCGACUUUCUCUCCACCCAGGCCGCCCAGGACGACCUCGGCCGCGCCCAUCAAAACUUGGGCUUCUCUCGGCCUCUUCGGCUCACCUGUGGCCUCUACGCCCUCCAAGCCAUCGCAGCCACGAUCCUCGAGCCGUCGCUGUACCCCACUACCGCCAACACGUACGCGUUUGGCUUGUUUGGCAUUGGGCUCAACCUGAACGAGUGGAACCAACUGGUUGUGAGCUAUUUUCUCGCCGGGGCGGCGGCGCUGGGCCUGGUAGCCGCGUCGUUCGUGAUCGACUCCCAAGGUCGCGUGCAGUGUCUCAAGCUCGGAACCGGCGUGGUUGCCGCGUCUGCCUUGCUUCUCCUCCUUCUCAAGACCACGACCAGUCUAGACGCUAUCAACGACACAGUGUUGGACUUGAACGAAGCCGGGUCAGCCUUGGUGCUGCUGAUGACCGCGGGUCAUUACAUCGGCUUGGGGCUAUGUCCCCUUGUGAUUGCCAGCGAGAUCUUCCCCGCCCGACGCCGCGUGGCCGGCGUGAGUGUGGUCGUGCUCGCAGGAAGCGCCACGUCACUGGCAGUGGGCUACUUGAUCAACUGCCUCCGAAGUUCGUCCGCCGUGACGUCGCAAGUGCUGUUCCAAGGCGCCGUCGGUGCGGUUGGCGUUGUGAACGUCGUGGCGCUGGUCGUCGCGGUUUUCUUCGUACCAGAAACCAAGUCGCGGUCCCUCCAAGAAAUUGAAGCCAUCUUGAGCGGCUACGCUCCCAUCACGCCGCCCAAUAUCCGCUCCAAAUCAGUCAUUCGAGUGAUGAACCAACCACCGGAUUAUGGCACCGCGUAA